AUGGCCGCUGGCCCAUCUACAUGCGAUCUGCGUGCUGAUCUCUCGACUUUCGCCGCCGAUGCUGUCGGCUCACCCAUCCUCCCCGACGACACCAACUUGGACCGCAACGUUCAAAACGUCGUCAGUCUGACUCUCCCUUCGGGCCACUCGGCGUGGGACUGGAACGCAAUGCCACACCAACAUUGUGAGAAGGGGUCUCACCCAUGCCGCGGCCCGCGCCACGAGGAGCUCAGGCGCAAGUCCCCCUUUCCCCACUUCUUCCUCGAGGGUAACCUCGUCGUCUGCAAGGCCUUUUGGCCUUCUCAUCUCUGCAUGUCGUGCUUCAUCGACGAGCGCAUGCUCAUCGAGGUCCACGCCAACCACCUUGAGCUUUCUCUCAAGAUCAGCAAGCAGCGAGACCUGCGACACUUCCAAGAGAGCCAGGGUCUGGGACGCAAGGGCAACCACAAGGACUAUGUCGAGGCCACUGCCGACGACUCCCUCGAAGAUUUCGAGGUGCCCUGGCCCUUCCCGACUCCGGAGCAAGUCUACCAGCUUCCACUGCUGAGGGGUGUCAUUGCCGAGUCGAUCUUUUGGAGCCCGGGCUUGCACGCAGAGAUUGAGCGUUUUGUUGUCACAGGCGACAUUGAGGUAAACCCCGAGGUCUUUGCGGCCACGGACCUUGAGCUCAUCGCCCCCGUUGAGCGUAUUCCUGCCGCUUUCCAGCCCUUCAACUGUUUCCAUGAUCGUAUGGUCCGGAUGAAGAUGUCGGUGGACAUCGAGCACCCCCUCUUCGAGCUCAAGGACGAGGACGACGAGGGCGGCGACGCCAAGGUGUCGACAUUCCCUUUCCACCAUCCGCUCGAGCUACAGCUCAUCCCGGCCGCUGAGAACAUUGGCAAGGUCCGAACCCAUCCUUUGACCGUGCAAUUCGUCGAGACGGCCAUUUCGGUCAACCACGACGAGACGCUGCCUGCGAAACACCGCGAGAUGCUGCUGGCUGUCCUUGAGAAGCUCAUCCGCGCCCUCAAGCCCAUCAACUCCGCCUACUGGAACGCCUCCUCUCCCACCCUCUCUAUCGCGGCCCGAACGCAAGCCGUCGAGGACAGCACCAAGCUCGAAGAGCUGUUCAACCCCACCGUCGUCGACCUGAACGGUUGGGCCCCAUACGUCGACGCUGGCGUCGAAUAUGCUACACCGCCUGACCUCCAAGUCAUUUCAGAGGGAUACAUCAAGGCACUUACAUUCCAGGAGCGCGUCCUCGACCACCUCUACCCUUACGUCGCGACCUUUGUUGCUCUGACUAAGGAGUAUGAGACCACCUGUGAUGGUGUUACAUUCCUCCGCAAUGACGACGGCUUCCCCACCGUGUGGUGGGCUACCAAUACCAGCACCCACGACACGCUUCUCUUUGCUCUCGCCGUCUUCAAGCAUGCAAUGGCGGCAUGUGACCGCAUGCGCAUCCCCACCGAAGGCUUUCCCCCCCUCACUGUCAUCUUCGUUUGGUGCCACCACUUUGCCAAGUGGGGAUACAAGGACCAGCUGACGGGUCUCAAGUUUGGUUUCACCGGCCCGCACGAUGUUCUUGCCCCGACUCUCUUGGCCCACAGUAUCCACCGGGUCGCCUUCGCCACCGGCUUCCUCACCCCUUACCCAAGCAGCCUUGACGAGUUCGACCCAUCGCGCAUGACAGUGCGCGUCGAGCUGCGCCAGGCCAACUUUCUCGUUAGGACCAUGAGGCUCCCCUCCCUGCUCGCCCUCGUCCGCGGCGCGCGUGACGACUGCCAGCGCAUCGUCGACCGCGUCGUGGACGUUCUCGACCUCGAGCGUGUCGAGCUUGUCAAGGAGUUCAGCUUGGUUCCGGCCACCGCGGAGGCGUACCGCCUCAACGGUACCAGCUCGUACGAGCGCAUUGUCCUCUUCCCGGACGCACCUCGCGAGGUCUCGUUCGAUGAGCUCUGGGCGAUCUGUCGCGCCAAGAAGAUCCGCUGCGACUACAGUCGCCAGGAGAUGGUCGAGCUGCUCGAGGAGAAGAGUGUACCCAACGCCCACGCCAUGAGCAUUUCAACAAUGCUGAAACUCGGCAAGGAGACCGGUGCCUUCAGCGGUAAGGGAAUCCCGUUCCCCAUCCUCCUGCGAAAGCUCGAAGACCAUUUCGCCGGCAGCCUCGACAAAGCCGCCUACUUGAAGGAGGACGGAACCGCGCUUGCAAGCCCGACGACCUUCGCCAGCAUCGACGACUAUGUCGAUGUUGACGAAUUCGUCAAGAGCGUCCCACCUGCCGAUAUCGCGGGAUGCUCGGCCAAGGGCAAGGGACCGCUCUGUGUCGCGGCUGGCAUCCGCAACACAUACAACACCAACGACAUGGUGUGGAUGCUGGCAAGGGCAGAGGCCAAGCCGGUCUCGGACUACAAGGACUGGCCGAGGAAAAAGCUCAUUGCGCGUCUGCAAGAGGUCGACCUCUUCGGCAAGUCCAGACAAAUCGGCCCCGACAAGCUCAAGGUGCUCCUCGGUCUCGAUCACAACAAGAAGCUGCCCGUCCAUUACUACGCGGAGGGCAAGGGAUUGCGUGCAAAGGAGAGCGAGGACGAGCAAGACGAAGAUGAAGACGACGAGCCCAAGCUCAAGGCCCCUGCCAAGGGCAAGGGCAAGGCAAAGGCAAAGCCUAAGCCUAAGCCUAAUCCCAAGCAGAAGCAGACUCGAAAGCGCAAAGCCAAGACGCCCGAGUCGGAGUCACAGCCUGACGCAGUGCUGUCCGCCGCCGACGACUCCUCUGAGGAGUACGCAGGUGACGACUCAGAGCAGGGAAGUGGCAGGAGGUUGCAGGGACGGACAUUACAAUCAGUAGAGCUCGGAUUAGGGAGUACAAGGGGGUUCAUGUUUGUACACGCAGGCCUCGACACCAAAUAUGUAUUUACAGGUGUGACGAGUUCUCUUCCGGUUGCGAGAGCAUCAAGCUGUCAAGACCCUUUAUGA